AUGGAUUUCACCGAGCUCGAUCCUCUGUUCGACCUCCCCUCGCCAUCAUUCGAUACCUUCGCCGAUCCGAAUCUCUUCUUCGACUUCGACGGCUACACCGGGCUGGCCCCGGAAGCCUCAUCACCCAAACCACAACAGAUCCCGCAGCCUACAGAAGAUGCGCAAGUCGACUUCAGCUCGCUGCUCGAAGACACCAGCUUUGGAAACGACUUCACAUUUGACAGUCUUCUGGACGAUACCCUCCUCACAAUCCCCGACGAGCGGCCCGCGGAUGUGCAACCACCGCUCUCGCUCGUGCCACCCUCGAACCCCACAGCAGCUCCCUUGGAGAACAAAGACGCAUGUUCCCAGGACGUCUUCGACGCCCUUCUCGCCGAACUCUUAGCCCCGCCUGGAGCCCUUCCAGGUAACCCGACGUCAGUUGACCCUCAAGAUGUUUUCCCUUUCCCCUCGGAAUCCUGGCCAACAGAGGAAUUCGGCUCUUUCACAUGGGUCCCGACCCCGAACUUCGAUGUGGGCCUCUUCACCGAGCCUCAGUACUCGGAUGCCCAGACAAAGACCGAUGCCUUCGCCGCCCAGGCCAACCCUUUCUUCCCAGACCUCUCCACCGUCUCAGCCGGUGAAAUCCCAUUCACCUUCGACGAAGAGGCAUCCCUCGUGCCCAUCUUCACACCGAUUGCCUCCCUAACCGCACCGCAGUCCGUCGUCUCGCCAAGCUUGCCCACGACUGCACUGCAGCACCCGCGUCCGAUUGCACCUGCUUCGCCACCCUUCAUCAAGACCGAGUCUGUCGAGGAGGAAUUUGGCCCUUCGAACUUUGAUGGUCCUUCGAGCAUCAUCGACGCUCAAGGCCGCAUCAAAUUCUCACCCGCCCCUUCGGCGUCGCUAUCACCAGAGCCGCCGAAACGCGACCUGACGACGCCCGUGGUGAACGGCAAGGUAAUAAAGCGCAUCCCCCGCCCCGCCAAAGCCAAAGACGUGAACGCGUCAGACUGGUACUCGCCACCUCCCCAGAUCCCGUCCUGGGGCGGCCCCUCCCCGUCCAACCCGCUCUUCACUUACAACCCGAACGGCGAGUGGUCUCCAAGCCAGCGUUUCUCACGCGACGAGAUCCUUCACUACCUGACCGAACGCAAGCGACUCUCUCUCCCCUUGACUCUCUGGAUCCAGAACUUACCCCACGGCUGCGUCAAGCGCGUGACGGACGGCCGGACCCUCAAGUGCCGCUGGGACGGCUGCCCUGCCCAGAACGGGACGAUCCUCAAGGGUUUCUGGCGCGUCUGCUUCGAUGAGCGCCCGGAGACCUCGGGGAAGCAGCACAACCCGUUCCACAACGCGGGCUACAUGCACUUGUGGUGUCUCGACCGCUGCUUCGAUCUAUUUGAGAUCUCACAAGCAUUUGACCUCCGCCCCGACACCCGCCAUUUCGAAAAAGAAGAGAGAAACCCGAUGGCCAUGACCCGGGAUCACGACGAGCUGGUCAUGGAAUUCGAGAACUGGAGAGAGGAGCAGACCAAGGCCUACGAGACGUGGCGCGCUCAAUGCGAGGCCAACAAGGCGCUCGGCAUCCCCCCCGAGAACCGCGUGGUCGAGCGGGAGCAGAAGCUGUGGUACAUCCUCACGACGAAGCACCUCGCCCUCGAGACCGUCGUCCGGCAGACGAUGCGCGACAACCGCGGGGGCAUCUCCAUCGACCAGCACAAGGGCGACCUGGGGUGGUACAUCAAGAAGGUGAACGAGCGGAAGAGCCACACGCGCGCGCAGAAGGACGCCGGGUCCAGGGCGCUCGCCCGCCUGGCCACCGACUGCGACGACGUCUUCGGCGACGACGCGGACGUUCCCGAGACCCCACGUCGCGGCGCGGCCAGGAGCCACAGGGCUGAGGACGGCGGGCGCACGCCUCAGCUGGGGGAGAUUGGCAGCAGGAAGCGUCAACGCUGCGUGGCGGACGAGUGCGCCUUCGACGGCGAGGGCGAGCGCAAGCGUCAGCGCCGCCACUGCCGUUCGAUCUGA